AACAUAGCGUUAGGGAUUUUCUUAAAUUCGAGAGAAUGUAAUGUGCACUGACUCGCGUUUUCCUGGUCACCUAGAGGAAACACAUUGAUACUGUUUGUUUUCUUUCUUUCCCAUUUCGUUUUUCCAUUUAUGACUUUGCCGUUGACAGGGUGUUACGGCCUGGGUUUGAACUGGUGGCAGAGUAGUUAUGGAGGCCCAAGAGCUCUCCAUUUCCUUGGAAUGCUUCGUUUUGCCUUGUCCACCUCUCUCUCUCUCUCCCCCAAUCAGCAACUCCAAAACGACGCCGUCUUCUACCGGAGCAGGAAAGAAGCUGAUAGGAAACUCCCUCUUGAUAAGCCACUUGCUGCCCCCCUGGAAGAUUAUUGGAAGGAUUCCUUGCUCGCCCUGGAACUUCCUCAGCUACCCAUUUUGUCCCUCCAGGUAUCCUUCACUCUCAUAUACUGAUCAAGGGCAUUUUAAUAAUUAUGUGGUGUUAGUUAAUGUGGGAGGAGAUGAUGAGAGACCCAUGUGAAAAAAUGGCCAAGAACAUGCAGAAUCCGUGUAAAACACUCGGUGUCAGGUUUGGGAAGCUGUCCAGUUAUGGGGUCCUUUCUUGAUGUUAUGGGUCUAAAACUUGGGUACCCCUCCCGGGCCAGGUUGUGUGGUCCACAUAGAAGGGCACGAGCAGGUAUGAUCUAGGGUUGUGCACGUGGUUGUCCUAUCCCAGCUGUAGGAUGCUUCUGUCUUUACAGGCUUGAGCCAUUCCUUCAAGAUCCCAAGAGAAGUCACCUCGAUACUAAGACUGAGAAGGAAGUCAUCUUACUAUAUGCCAUAUCCGAAUUGAAAAGGUCCCAUUAGCUUUUAUACCUCUCUCUAGAGGAGACAGAGGUCUGUGAUGCAGAGAAUACUAGAGCAGUUGGUGGAGAGACAGGCCAGUUAAUGUGAAUUAAUGCCCGACUCUCUUCAGAAUGCAUUUGUGUCUUUGCAGGACCAGCCUGGAAAUUUAAUCAGUUGAGUAGUAAAUUAGAUGUAAGACCAAUUCUAAACAAAAAAGACAAAAAUAAUAUAUACAUUUUUGGAGGCUAAAGGCCUUUUUUUCCUAGA